CAGCGUCUCGCUCUUAUCCACCAAAGAAGCUUAACCUCUCCCAAUAGUAGCAAGCGAAGGGGAAGAGGGAGGAAAAUCAAUGGCAAUUAUCCGAGCAAAAAGCUUCUUCCUGGCCGCGGUGGCCGCGGUGCUGGUGAUGUCGGCGUCUGCGCAGUCCGGAUGCACGGUGGCGCUGAUCGGCCUGUACCCGUGCAUGAACUACAUCAGCGGCAACGAGACGACGCCGACCAAGUCAUGCUGCUCGCAGCUCAGCUCCAUAGUGCAGUCCCAGCCGGAGUGUCUCUGUAGCGCGCUCAGCGGCGACUCCGUCGGCGGCAUGACCAUCAACAAGACGCGCGCACUCGAGCUGCCCAAGGCGUGCAACGUGCAGACCCCGCCGGUGAGCAAGUGCAACGGCGCUGGUGGUGCCAGUGCUCCGGUCGCCGACGCGCCGACCAUGCCGGAGUUGCAGACACCUGUGGCUGCCGACUCAGGGUCGAAGGCGACGCCAUCAAGGUACCUGCAGCAGAAUGGUGUCUCGUCGCUCCAUGGCCCAGCGGGUCUGGUGCUCGCGCUCGCGGCCACUGCGUUCUACACCGUGUUCACCGUGUGA